AUGUCUUCAUAUCUCUGCGAUGUAGAAAGCGUAACUCACAACAGCUCGGCAGCAACGCUUGUACUUUUUAUUAAUAUUGAAUUUGUUGCUGCUCUGAUCAUACCGCUUACCACACCAAUUUGUAAAUACCCUAGCGGAUUAUCACCAACCGCAUUUUCUACGAUUGAUUUGUACCAAAACAUUGAUGUACCGUAUAAAUUCAUAAAUACGCCGCAUCAAAAGAGUAUUUUACGUGAUAUUAAAAUAGUGGUUGUUGAGCGCAGUAUAAAUAUAAAUGGUUCUCCUGUGUUGAUCCACAGUUCAUACACUUUUACCGAGUAUGAAACGGUUAAUAAAGCUGUUUAUACCACACAUCUCUUAGUGUUAGCACGGCGGGAGAAAUAUAGAUAUUAUGAACUGAUGUGGUUUACACGGAAUAUUGCAUUUUAA